AUGAAGCGAGCGCAUACCGAAUCUCUCCCAGAAGGCCACGGAACGGCCUGGAGUGGACUUGUGCUCCCACCUGCAGCGCUCAACUCCUCACCAGACGUUCGGCCUACUUACAUCACCACAACCCAGUUGGUGGAUGCGGGAUUGAAGAAGGAAACCGUUUGUUGUGUCCUGUGCCUACAUCCUGUGGAGGCUCCUGCGUUUUGCCAGUUCUGCGAUGACGGUCCUUUUCACGCACAAUGUCAUGAUCUGCAUGCCUGCCCUGUUGUGGUGGCAGUCGCAAGCACUGCGCCAUAUGCGGGGGAAACGGGAAAUAGCGUGCCUUCUCCUGCACCGUCGAGAGCCUCCUCGGGCAACGGCGAAGCAGACAGCGAGGGCGAAGCUUCCCUGAAACUUGGGGACAGCUUCGGCGACGAGGACAGUUGGCCGGGACCUGCUAAGUUCACAACAGCAGAAGAAGCAGCUCGUGGCAGCCUAUUUGUGCAACGAGAGUCUGGAGAGGCACUCCCUGUUUUGGAGGAAACAGCCCCACCAGGAAAGCUUCGUAAAACCGAGCCUGGAGUGAAACCCUACAGUAGGGGCUCUGAGGCUCUGGUGAGCCAAAUUGAGAGAGACCCAGCUGCUUUGACUCGCGCACUGGAAGAGUUUGAGAGUGACAAGUUUGCAUCUUCCAACGUUGGGAAUGCAAAUUCGCGCCAAGCUUGGUGGGCUCGCCGGGCAGAGGCGGCAAGCGUGUCUCCCUACCCUUUGACGUUUUCAAAAGUGGCUUUGGCUGGCGCUCUUUUGAAGGCGGGAGGCUACAGGUCUGCCGGGGCCUACUUGGGCGCACUGAAGCGACGACACAUAGAACUGGAUCAUCCUUGGAGUGAUCCUUUGACGCUUGCAGCCUUUGACCUGCGUGGUCUGGCAGGAGUCCAAGAACCAGAAGCUCAGCCUGGCUGGCCACGCUUCCCUGUGGCUACUGUAGUGUUGUUCAGCCUUUUUGCUUGCAGAGAGGUGGAAGCAGCUUGCCGAAGACGCAGCCAAGUUACUUUUGAGGACAAAGAAGGUACCUGCGGAGUGGUAGUCCUCAGCUUGCCGGCCACCAAGAACGACCCCAAAGCGGAAGGGGUCAUCCGCAAGCAAGGCUGUACUUGCAGUGUCGCCCCUGAGCUGUGCCCAGUGAAGGCCGCCCGUAAGAUUUAUGAUGAUGGCACAGCACGCGGAGGGACUGAUGAUUCACCAUUUUUGGCCACGCAUGAUGUGCUUCUGCCCCCCACAAAGAAAGCCAUGAUUGAGGCUUUCCGGUCAGUAGCCCAAGCGUUGGGCUGGAGUCAGGAGGCAGUUCAGUCUCUCACCGGGCACGUGCUCAGGUCUACUGGCGCUCAAUUCCUUGCGAGGCAGGGCAUUGAGUAUUAUCGAAUACAACUGUUCUGUCGUUGGGGCAGUGACACGGUGUUGCGCUAUUUGAGAGAUGCGCCGCUUGAAGGCUCAGAGAAGUGGUUGCCGUCUAGCUUACAAAACGUUUCUGUCGAAGAAGUGCAGGUACAGACUGCUACAGCUUUGUCUAGCCAAGAUGGGACGUACGUCCACCUCAAAGAGGUGAUUGAUGAACAGAUCACUAGAGCUCUGGAGCCGCGAGUCACCCAACUGCUGGGCACUUUUGAGCAGCGAGAGGAUGACAUUCUGUCGUUGGUGAAAGAGCUGAAGCAGACGCAGGAAGAAGUUAAGGAUGCGUGGAGCGAGGAAUUUCAGAGGCAUUUCCUCCCCCGUCCGGGGCUGGCUUGGCGCACCCCAUUCAUCUGCAACAGAACAG